GCGACUCUUCUUUCGAUGAAUGCGCGCAUGAUACAAACUUUCAAUCAAAAAGCAUAUUCUCGUUGAAGUAUUGUAAUAAUCUUCAUUUGAAAUGUUAAACUCAUUCACUAAGAAAGUUAAGAAUCUUAUAUUUUCAUCAAAUGAGACCGACAAUACUUUGAAGAUUGAUAGAAAAAGAAAGCGGCCAAAUGAUGACAGUGAUGACAGAGAUGAUGAUGGUUUGCUUGUGAAGAAAGUGAAAUUGCAGCAGAAAAACUCCAGUAUAUUUGGAGGCCUGUUUAGUGCCAGUACUGUACAGACCAUGUCGGACUGGGUACAGAAAAAGACACCCAAUCUGUUUCACUGGAACUCAAAUAACCAUCAACCAGUCAAACACAAACCACCAGGGGCGACCCCACAUUCUGGGAAUCACCAAGGCAAUGGUUUCGGCAAAAAUGGCAGCACUCAGCUUGAGGGAGAUGACAGAUAUGAUUCACACAGAACGUUUGGGAGGGUGGACGCACCUAUCGCCUACAGACAAGGGACUUGGCCAGUCUAUGACCCGGUAACCCGCCAACCAGAUCCUCUGUCCAGGGCUCCUCUUCGACCAGGCAGCACAGAGAACAGACCUGUCCAGACUGAUUACCCAUCAGGCAUGAAAGCGGCCUUAACUUCUAGUCAUAGCCAAAACAAGCUUCUACGUACCAGAAACCCACACAUGUUUACAGCCAAAGAGAGUGUCCGCUUGGAUGAAAAGGCCCGGUAUCAGCAACUACUCCAGAAGUUCACCACAGUACAGCUACCGUUAGAAAACAAGGAGACUGAGGGUAGCAAGAAGCAAGUUCGAGUCCCAGAACUGCCCAGGUUUUAUUUCAGAAAAAAUGACAGUAUUCUCAGCUCAACAGUUGGCCAGGAUCGUGAAGACCCCUCAGAGAAUCGUUUAGCAGACAGAGUGAGGCAGGAAGAUUCAAAAGGCAGACAGAAGGAAGGCAGGCAGAAAACGCAGGAGACAUCUCGGUUUAAAGUACAGCCCACACAAAAGUCCACCCCCAGACCUCUCAGCAAUGGUACCCAUUCACCUGGAGAUGACUCAAUGAUCCAUAUCACAGACAUAUCGGCCAUUCCCAAAGUACAGCCAGAUUCUACAAGAAAAGCCCUGCCAGUAGCGGGAGUUAUAGAUCUCACAGACGAUGACUGUGAAAAAGAAAGAAAUGCCAAAGGAUUACCUCAAAAUAAGCUGAAAUUUCCUACAGAUGAUUACAGAAGUUCACAGUUCCUUUCUGACGUAUGGAUCAAAAACAUGAUGACCACAUACAACUGUAAGGCCCGUGAGAGAGAUCGACAGGUGGCAGAGGCUGAGAUAAAGGCCAAAGUAUUUGAUGAGAAGCGUCAACAAGAUGAGCUGGAGUUGGAAAAGAAAAUUCGAGUUAACCUGAAGAUAUACCAGCGGGAGCCCGUGGUUAUAGAAGAGCCCGAAAUCUCAGAGCCCGAGGAUGAGGUUGAAGUUGUUGAGGAGGAAGAGGAGAGAUUACCUGAGUUAACAGUCGAGAUGGACCGGAAGGUGAGCACAUGUCUGUCACGGUCGGCCAAUCCAGAGGAGGUUUUAGUGGACAAAUUCCGGUUACAGAUUACACGCAGGGACAUACAUACACUGGCUGGGCUUAACUGGCUUAAUGAUGAGGUUAUAAAUUUCUACAUGAAUCUGCUAAUGGAGCGAGGCGAGGCUGACAACAAGCCAAGUGUGUACGCCUUCAACACGUUCUUCUACCCGAAAGUCACGUCCAGUGGCCACAGUGCAGUAAGGAGAUGGACCCGAAGGGUGGACGUCCUGGGGAUGGACUAUAUCAUCAUCCCUGUUCAUCUUGGCAUGCACUGGUGUCUCGCAAUUAUAGACUUUAAGAAGAAACAAAUCAGAUAUUACGAUUCAAUGGGAGGUGGUGACAGAGGUUGUCUCAAUGUUUUACAGCAGUACCUUUGUGAUGAAAGUAAAGAUAAAAAGAAAAAGGACUUUGAUCUGACUGGCUGGACAUGUGUUGCUAUGAAGGACAUUCCCCAACAGCAGAAUGGCAGUGAUUGUGGCAUGUUUGCGUGCAAGUUUGCGGAGUACGUCACCAGAGAGGCUCCCAUCUCAUUCACACAGGAAAAUAUGCCUUACUUCAGACGACGAAUGGUGUACGAGAUUGUAACUGCAAAACUGCUACAGUGAUAAUAGAUCUAAAAACAAGAAGUGACUGAAUAACGAUUGAUCCAGAUAACUAUUUUAUGAUCAUGUUGUUUCCUUCAACACUGAAGUAAGACAGCUCAGGGGUUGCUUGAAUCACCUUACGCUACUGGCAAAAAAACUUCAGAGUAUGGAAACAAUCUUAAAUGUUAUUUGGUAUGUGCAGUUCAUCAAUCACACAGAUUUAUGUUGUGCUGAAAAAAGUAAGCGUUAUGCUCCAUGCAAAGGAACUGCCUUCAAAAUCACUUCAGAACACAUGGAAACAAUCAGUGGUGUUGUUUGGUAUGUGUGUGUGGUAAAUGAUAGUGACUUAACUGAACAAACUUAAAAAUAUUGCCUUACCUUACCUCUGAAGAAUAGAAGACACAUGGAAACACUUAUCUGUGUAUGUGGUGAAUAUAUAGCACAGACAAAAACAGGCUUAAAUUAAUAGUAGCUACUGUUUAAAAGGAACUUGAUGAUAUGUUGAAACAAUGAUGUGUGUUAUUUGUAUAUGUGGUGAAUUGACAGGAUGCCAUAUCCCCCAGAUCUAUAUAUUUUUAACUGUAAAAUCAAUGUAGAGAUUAACUGGUCACUUGAUAAUCUCUUUGGAUAAAAAAGUGCAAAUGGAAUUGGAUUCGUUAUUUUCUUCUGUUGAACAAAGUAGGUAAUAAUUGAGGGAAGUCAUAAUACAAUUUAGCUGAUAUGUACAAUAUGUUCUGAUUUUUUGUCAGCAAUUGUGUUGCAUGAUUUUUUGUCAGCAAUUGUGUUGCUUAAAAUGAAUAGCUUCUAGCCUUUGAUGAAAAACAGACAUUAAAUUUAUUUUUUUGAAACCAUUUGAUCGUUCAAGGUUUACAGUGUCCAUGUGUGUAUCAGAUGAAAAUCAUACACAACUUCACAAGAAUGAAGAUAGAAUUGUACCAUUAUUUGGAUUGAUGCCAAAACAUCCAUUUCCUAUACCAUUAAAGCAACAGUUCUUCGGAACUAUUAUAUAAUCUGUUAAAUACCUAAAGAUAUCAAUCUCUGAUCAAAGUUUCGGCAAAAUCUGACUUUUUUAAUAUUAAAGCAUUUUUUGCAAAGAUCCAUACCAGUUUUAACAUAUAUAAGCAAGACCGUUAUACAAACAAAGCUGUCGUGAUUUCGAUCAACAUCAUGAUUUCGAUCAACGUUUGAAUAUUAUAUUUUUUAUAAAUAUGAUGAGAGUUACUUGUAUCAAAUGGUGAAUGUGAAUUUGUAAAAAUUAUGGGAAAAUGGCAAUAUUCGAUUUUUCAUGUAUUGUAAACUUUGAGUACUAUUGGUGUUAACAAAAAAAAUUGUAAUUCCUGUUUACAUGAACAUUUUAUACAUGUAUAUAUGUUUGUAUUGCAAGAAACAUUUUAAUGCCAACUUUUGGUUCAAGUGAUCAUAGCUAUACCAAUAUUAAACCAAAUGGAAAUGGUCAAAACACAAAAAUUAUAAAUAAUUACCCUUGAAUAGUUGUGAAAAAUACCCUGGAAUAGUCAAAACAC